GCGAAACCAAGACCCGCCGAUUUACUCCUCCAUGAUAUUCCAUAAACUUAGCCCACACAAAUUGCAGCGCCGGAACCCCACACUAUAUAUACGCCAUUGGCACACUCCCCCGUUUCUUGCACUCACAGCAUCUGCUCUGCUCCUUUCCUUCCUUCGCAAUUGACUCCUCCACACCUCACCCUCUCUGCUCCUCUCAUCGUGCUCUGUCUUCUGUCGCCUCAAAGACGCAUGGAUAUGGAGUGGCUGCGCAGUAAAUGCAUCGGGAAGGGCGCGUUCGGCACGGUGCACCUGGCCGUGGACAGGACCACCGGCCGCACCUUCGCAGUGAAGUCGGUGGACGCCAAGAACGCGCCGGCGGCGGCCCUGGCGUGCCUGGAGAGCGAGAUAAGGAUCCUGAAACGGCUGAGCUCGCCGUACGUCGUGGCGUAUCUCGGGGACGACGGCGCGACGGGGAAGACGAGGAACCUGCACAUGGAGCUUGUGCCCGGCGGGAGCACUGCGGAGGCGGCGGCGAGGUGUGGGGGCCUUGGGGAGCGCGGCGCGCUGGGCGUCCUGAGAAGGGUAGCCGCCGCGCUGCGGUACCUGCACGACGUCGCGGGCGUGGUGCACGGAGACGUCAAGGGGCGGAACGUGCUCAUCGGCUGCGACGCCGGAGGCAGCGGCGCGAAGCUCGCUGACUUCGGCGCGGCGAGGCUGGUAUCCGACGCGGAGCCCCGCGGGCCGCGCGGGACGGUCGCGUGGAUGGCGCCAGAGGUGGCGCGCGGCGGCGCGGCGACGCCGGAGUCGGACGUGUGGUCCCUUGGAUGCACCGCGCUGGAGCUGCUCACCGGGAAGCGGCCGUGGUCGGAGCUCGGCGGCGCCUGCGAGGUCGGCGAGCUGCUGCUCCUCAUCGGGUUCGGUGAAAAGCUCCCCGCGCUCCCCGCGUGCCUGUCCGACUCGUGCCGGGACUUCCUCGACAAGUGCCUCCGGCGGGACGCCGGCCAGCGGUGGAGCUGCGAGCAGCUGCUGCGGCACCCCUUCCUCUCCGCGGACGCUCACGACGACGCCAGCGAGCCGUCGCCGUUUCCAUCUCCUCGCGCGGUUCUUGAUUGGGCCGUGUCGGAUUCGGACUCCGAGGCGCUGGGCGACGCGGAGCCCGAGAGCGAGCACGAGGUCAUGGCGCGCGCCAAGGGGCGGGUUGCCGAAUUGACCUCAAACGGGCCGCGCACGAGCUGGGAGGAGCUGGAGUGGGCGAGCAGCCCCACCUGGGCGGCCGAGACUUGGGCCCCACCGCCCAGUUCCGUGGCGGGAAAUGACAACGCAGGUGGGCCCGCCUCAAGCGCCGCCGCCGUCUCCGACGGCCGUGGUCAUGUCGCCAUCGUCGGCACCGGCACCGGCGGUGGGUUCCGCUGCGCCCACGGCCGUCCUAGUUGUCACGGCCACUGUUGUCACUAUAAAUGCGGGGUUGGAGUGGUAGGACUCGGCUGGCCGCCGUUGGCCGUUGUACUCGUGCUGGUGCCAUGUACUGUUGUUCCCCUCAUCGAUUCAAUCCAAUCAAAGUUUGUGUCUAACCAAGCAGCCAAUGAGUUUUGCGUGCCGUUUUGGUUGCGUUUUUCGUUUGAUUUUGACUGAAAUCGCUGCUGAUCGGGUGAGCCCGCCAGGAUUAGUCGAUCUGCGCGGCGCUCUGCAGCUCUCCGCCAGGGCAGAUUCGUAGUUUUGCAGAAAAUGCUAGUGCUCCGUACUUCCGAG